AUGGCAGGGGGGAGAAGGGCUCUCGUCAAGCUGUUCGGGAAGACGAUUCCGGUGGCGCCGCCCCGAGCGAAUGACUUUCCGGUACCUUUUGAGGAUGGCGGCGGCGGAGGAGGAGAGGCAAUUGGCCAGGUGGGUUCAGCUGUUGGGUCAUCCCCUAGAUCAAGGGUGGAGUUUUCUUUUUUUCUUUUCUCGGACGGAUCGGAUUGA